CAGGUACCGCACAGGGUUAUCUGCUAAAAAUGGCGUCGCCCGUGUGGCCCGAAAUAGUGCAAGCUCAGAAGGAAAACAGGCGAGAAUUGUUACUUAAUGGCCCUGAGAUUGCAGAGCGAAUAACAAAAUCGGGUCUAGAUUAUACACUGUAUUCCCUAGAGCUUUUGAACUAUUUAGAAAUUGCUGAUGCAUCGCUUCUAAAGCUGUCAAAAGACAUCGGAAAACUCGCGAAUUUGGUCAAUCUGGUUUUGCGUGGUAACAAAUUGUCGAAACUGCCCUCAACGGUGGGAAACCUGAAGGCUCUCCGGGUGCUUGAUGUGUCCAACAACUCGUUACAGUCUUUACCAGAUGAGUUUGGUGAACUCUCUGAAUUGCACACUUUUGAUGCAAGUCGGAAUAACUUGACGUGUUUGCCUGAGUCGAUUGGCAGACUGCAGCGUCUGUCAUUGGUCAAUAUUUCAAGUAACGACAUAGAAUCGUUGGCGCCCUUAUGCACCGAUCAGUUGUCCCACCUCAGUGAGCUUGUCGGAGUGAAAAAUGCCAUCACGGCAAUCCCAGAUGCCGUAAGUCAUCUUCAAGCCUUGAAGAAACUUGAUCUCAGCGCUAACAAGAUCACGGAGGUUCCAGCAUCGCUCGCGGACUGUGGCAAACUGAAAGACUUGCUGUUGACGGAAAACCCAUUCCGCGAUCGCCGUCUCGGUAAACUGGUCCAACAGUCGCGCGGCACCAAAGCCACGCUGGACUACAUCCGCAACCACGGCACCAAGACAUCAGCACCAGAGGAGAAAUCCGCAAAAGCCAAGAAAAAGAAAGGUCGGAAGAAAGCUGCGUCCACCGGAAGCGACCUGAGCGAGGACUUGGACAAGUUGAUGCUGAGGGUUUUGAACUUUAAGGACUCGUCAGACGGGGGCGUGGAGGUCGUUGUCAAGGAAGGCGUGGCAGAUGUCAGGCCGUUUAUUGUUUGUUGCAUACUCAGGGAUGUCAACUUGCAGAAGGGCACCAGAUUCAAGAGAUUUAUUUCAGCGCAGACUAAGUUACAUGAUGGACCACUCUGUGCCAAACGAACCAAAGCCACCAUCGCGACCCAUGACCUCAACCUUGUCCGGUUCCCACUCACCUAUGAGGUCAAAAUACCCCCGGAAAUUCAGAUUACUCCCCUGGGUCGAAACAAGAUCACUUCGGCCAAUGCCUUGAUGACCCAGCUGCACAAAGAAGCGGACGACCUGCGUAAGGAGGCCAAACGCAACGCCAUCUCUGGCAUUCACAAAUACCUUGAGUUGCUGGACGGACAUCGAAUGUACCCAUGCCUUUGUGACAGAGAGGGUCAGGUGAUCUCUUUUCCACCAAUCACAAAUGCCGACAUAACCAAGAUUUCCCGCUCCACCGAACACAUCCUCAUUGAGGUGACCAGCUCAACGGAUCUUGCCGUUUGUAAGAAGGUCAUGGAUGCCCUGAUCCACCGCAGCGCAGAAAUCCUACUGGACCCGCCGGCAUCCGGUAUCUCUGCAUCUGGAGACCCAGAAGAGGAUGUGAACCAGGAACCAUCUGAUGAGGAGGCGGUGUCAAAGGUCACUGGAGGUUCAAGGUCACUGGUGGUGGAGCAGGUUCGGGUCAGCGCGGCGGACGGCGGCCUGAAAGUCUUGUAUCCCUCCCGCAACGACCUGCAAGAUAUGACGGAUAUUAAAGUCAUAAGGUCGUAGGUUUAAGGUCAUAGGUUAAAUGUCAUAUCGUGAUGCUUGUUUGUUGUUUGUGUCAGCUGGCUGUCAAAGUUUUGUACACAUUUUCCAGUCGAGGACGUUCUCGAUUGGACUCCUGUCCUCGAUUAGAAAAGGAUGUUUCACUUGUGUGUCCUCAUUUUACACCCUAUACAUAAACAUAAAAUACACACAGAUGACAAAUUCUAUGCCUAGAAUUUGUCAAAUUCUAUCCAUGAAUUUUGCCCUGUAAUGUGACACCCUUGGCUUCUGCACCAAGGUUUUCCCAGGCUAGGAUAAUAUGCUGAUUGCUGCAAAAUAUGUACAUGUAGUCAUCUGUACAUGUAGGCAAGUUCGAUCAAGGGCCAUAGUUCACCAUAGUUCAUCUAACUCUGAUCAAACGCACGCGAGUCGACGAUGGUUGGACCAGUCAGGACCAGCCUACCUCGAUUAGUCGCACAACAAUUUAUAGCUGGUUAUCAGUGACAAUUUUCAUAGCAUACAUGUAGUGCAGAGGGUACCAACUAUCGCCAAAUAUGGCAGAAUAAUGAGACUGUGAGUGCAGAUAGGCUAGACUGGUUCCCUUACCUUACAAUUUUCCGGCAUCUAUAAAUUGAUCCAUUUCAUCUUUUUCCAUUUCAGUUUUUCCAUGUUAGUUAACAAUUCUGUCACUUUUGUCACUAUUGUUCAAUAAUAAUGGCGAUUAUGUAUUUUAUGUCCUAAACUACACAAUCGCUAUCGUUUGUGUCAGUUAACAGAAACGUCAACACAAUAGUUUGACAAGAGUUGCUCAUACUUCAACUUCAGCGUGCAUGCGCUAGGUACGUCACAAACCAACCACUACUUAACCACUGAUCUUUGAUCGAACUUGCCUUGCGUAUGUGUGGCAUUAUGAUUGAUGACGGUCAUGUUAUUGGAUGCCAAAAGAGCUCACACAGUCAAGCAGACAGUAUUUGUAUAAAAUGUAGUUUGUGAGUUGUUGCAGUAUUUGAAAGCCUUGCUAUAGAAGAUUCUAUUUCGUUGCAGUAACGUGCCCAUGAUAUGACGAAAUGACAACAACUGUAUUUAGUAGUGGUUAUGUGCUCAAGAUUGCUCCUGUAUUUACUCAUUCUGGCAAAAGUGAGUCUGAUAGUGCCAACAACUAUUAAAAUGACAAUAUAUUGAUAUUAUAACAGCUUAAAGUCUUUCUGCUGUCUAAAUAUAAUGUAUAGCCAAGAAUCAAAUGAAAUUUAUUAUGCGGACUUGUUUAUGUGUUUGUUAAUUACUAAGCCCUAUUAAUUGCCAAAGGCAGCCGAUUCCAAUGAUAAAAAUCACCUGGUAUACAGGUAAUACAGUAAAUUGACCAAACUAGUUAGGUAAAAGUUUCCUUUAAAAUCAACAUUUGUUAUAAUCUAACUGACCUAAUAAUUGGUGUCACUUGUUUUGGAAACAUAAAAGAAGUAGCAUAUUUCAGACAGAAUAUAAAACUUGAAUAAGCUUUGUUUUUAAGCCUUUAUGGCUGCAUGUUUCAUGGUGGACAACAAUAACAAUAAAAAAAAACCAAUAUGUAUAGGUUAAGUAAAUUGUCAUCAACUCUGUCGUGUGUCAUUGUGUAGAUCAGUUUUAUUGAUAAAUAAAUAUCAUAAAGACAG